AGAAGAAAUAUAAAAUUAGAGGUAAGAAUAAGACGAAAUAGCAAUAGCUAGGAAUCCAUAUGCAUCGAACGUGACAUCCACAAUUCCAAUGGCGUCCUCAUCUAUGCCCUCUUGAUCGUAAUAACCGUCGUCAUUUCUUUCUUUAUUCUAUUCACAACCACACCUUCCUUCUCCAAGUUCCAUUCUCAACCAACCCCUAUUUAUGGUAACAAAAAUGUUGCGAUUCCACUUCACCACACUCAAACCCUCGCAUUUUCCCCACCCCACCAGGCUCAGAUCGCAAAUGGCUUCUUUCUCCACUUCCUCCACCCUCUUGUUCCGCCAGCUUUUCGAGAAGGAAUCUUCCACCUACACCUACCUUCUCGCUGAUGCAUCUCACCCACAAAAACCAGCACUUUUGAUUGACCCAGUAGAUAGGACAGUAGAUAGGGACUUGUCCCUUAUUGAGCAACUGGGGUUGAAGCUUGUGUAUGCCAUGAACACACAUGUACAUGCGGAUCAUGUCACCGGGACUGGCCUUAUCAAGAGCAAAGUUCCUGAUGUAAAAUCUGUUAUUUCAAAAGCAAGUGGUGCAACGGCAGAUCUUUAUGUGGAGCCAGGUGACAAGGUCCAUUUUGGUGAUCUUUUUCUUGAGGUUCGUGCAACUCCUGGUCAUACCAAGGGUUGUGUUACCUAUGUUACUGGAGAUACACCUGGACAACCCCAACCGAGGAUGGCAUUCACUGGAGAUACUCUAUUAAUACGUGGAUGUGGAAGGACAGAUUUUCAGGGUGGAAGUUCAGAGCAGCUUUACAAAUCAAUUCAUUCACAGAUUUUUACAUUGCCCAAGAGUACGCUAAUCUUUCCGGCUCAUGACUACAAAGGAUUCACUGUAAGCACUGUUGGAGAGGAGAUGCAAUACAAUCCACGCCUAACAAAGGAUGAGGAAACUUUCAAGAACAUUAUGGCAAAUCUUAACCUGUCAUAUCCUAAAAUGAUUGACGUAGCUGUCCCAGCUAAUAUGGUUUGCGGAAUCCAAUCCAAAGCAAGUUGAGCCAUUAUAAACCUUAUCUGAGAGUGACACGGUGAUGUUGUACAAGGAAAGACCGUGCAAGCAAAGGGAGAGAAAGUGUUGUAGCCCUUUGAAUUGAAGAGAAAAUAGAAAUUGUAAAUAAAUAAAAUGUAAAUGGUUUGUACGACCAAUAUAAUCUAUAAAUAGGCUCCAGUGAUUAUGUUGUGUUUUCUUGUAUUUGAUUAUUGAUGCUAAACUUCUUAUGCUUUGAAGUAAAUUUUAAAGGAAAGUUGAUGGAACGUAAAUGGUGGCUUUUCAUCAAGCAUCUCUUA